CAGCCAUAUUUGUAAAAUUUUGACGAAUUUCGUCGAGUGAACUCGUUCGAGUAAUUUUGUUGUGGAAUUCUUUCCGAAGCUUUACAUUUAUCAAAGCUAUAACUUACUUCUACCGAAAUCUAAUAAAGUUACAUGUUACUAUAUUAUUUUAUACUUAAGCUGACUUGGGAAUGAGGUGUCUUCGAUGAAAACAAUUUCUAGUGCCUACGUAUUUCCUACAAUGAUUAAUCUUUUAGGGCAAGGUUCCUCGUUAUUUUAUGUAAAUUAGUAUGGAUGGGAGUGACGUAUCGAACAGUGUGUGUUGUCAUCACGUGCUAGUGUGAUCGCGGAGGCUUGCUGUGAGGGGUCGUGUGUCGUGAUCGCUAUUCGCCUAGAGAAGUCAUUGGCAUCGCUGCCUUCAAUAUCAGUUGUUUGUGACUGAUGGGCAUUUAGUGCAAGCGUGUGAGGUUUGUCGCAAUGGCACCGAAGCCCCCGCCGCCGCCUGGUCCGCCUCCUCCGCCCGGGCCGCCUCCGCCGCCUAUAUUCGGGGGUUCGUCCAAAGGAGGCUCCUCUGACGACAGAAGUGCCUUGUUGAGUUCCAUUAGACAGGGUGCGAGGUUGAAAAAGACUGUUACAGUGGACAAAAGUGGACCAUACAUACCUGGGAAGGUUUCAAAUGUGGAAACUAAAAGUAGUGGCCCGGUUGGAAAUGGAGUUAGAAGUGGACCCAUGCAGAAUGGUGGUGGGGCUCUCCCACUCGGAGGCCUGUUUGCUGGGGGCAUGCCAAAACUGAGGUCUACUGGGAAACUGGGUGGAUCAACACAAAAUGGUCAAGCGAAGAUGGAUGCGCCGCGGUUUCCACCGCCGCAGCAGCCAACGAAGUCAUCCCCCGAGAGGAGUAGGCCGGCGAUGCCCGCGCCGCCUGGAAGCGUCGGGGCGCUAACCGCGGCGCUUUCCGAAGCCCUAGCUGGACGGGAGCGAGGAGAAUCCGUCAGGGAUCACCACAGAGAGUCGCCUAGAGAGUCGCCCAGAGAGCCAGUUAGAGAGAGCCAUAGAGAGCCGCCGAGGGAGCCCCCGCCGGCGCGGCCUGUCGUCAGGCGGCAGCCCAGCGAUAUCAGAGUGAGGGGACCACCUCCUCAACCCCCUGUGCAGAAACCGGCGAUGCCAUUGAGCUCAUCAGACUCUGUUCUGACGACGGGUUCCAUCUCAGACCGGAUCAAUAACUUGCAGCAGCAGACGGCGGAACAAGCGCUGCCGACACAUGUCGCGACUACCCUACAGCGAAACAAGAGCGCGCUGCAUCCCGCGGGACAGGGCUCGCUGGGCGGCAGCAUGACCUCGCUCUCAUCAGCGCCGCCCACGCCCGCUCCAGCCGCCUCAUUAUCCACAUCGGACCUAUCGGAGCGCCCUCGGGUGUCCCACGGCAAGCCGCACGUGGCGCCCAAGCCGCCCGCCCCAGACGCGCGCCCUUCGCCGCCGCCCAAGAAACUGAUCAUCAAUGGGAAGGGUGCGGCUAGGACGCAAAGUAUGAGGAUGCCUAGGUCGCCGCCGGUGUCUCCUCCGUCGCCACAGAGCGGUGGGCGUCCAAAUCUGCCGCCCAUGCCGGCUAAUCCGCCCAUCGGCACCAAGAACCCCGCCUCGCAUUUCGGCACGCUGCGAGCGCCUCGCGGGCUUCGGCCGCCGGGCGUGUGCCCGCCGCCGCCGCCCACCGCCGCGCCGCCGCCGCCGCCCGCGCGACACGCCUCGCUCGCCGCCCCGCCGCCGCCGCCGCCGCACCACCGGCAGAACAGCAUAAACGGCGGCGUGCCCAUUGAAGCGGCGCCGGCGCCGCCUGUUCGCGGCUCUUCUAUGCGCGGGGACCUCGAAGCACGCUUUGCGGAGCUAUUUCAACCGCCAGCGCGCUUUCCGCCGCCCGGCGCCUUCCUACGCGUCGCCAAAGGAUACAGCAGCGCCACCGUCGCCGGUAAGUACGCGUGAACAAAUGGGGCCGAUUGAAGUUAGUAAAGGGGACUUGGUGGAGGCUACCAUAUUGGUAACUGGGGGUAGUAAGCUAUUUGUUGAAAGAAAUAAAGUUAAACUGAAGGAAAUUAAGCUACCAUACUCAAAUUAAAAAUAUUUUAUUCAAUUAAGACCACAAGUGGCACUUAUGAACGUCAAAAUAUAGUAAAUAAAAAAAGGUAGCUCUUAUGGGGCACUUUACAUGUCUCCUCACUGUACUCCUACUGUACUGUAGAGAUUGAAAAUUGAGGGUAGCUGCGCUACUGACUACCAUAUUACUGAGGGUAGUCAGCUAGUAAUUAUAAGAAGGUAUAACGGCAGACUACCCCUGGUGGACUACAAAUGAACUCUUAAGAUCGAUGAUUUACAAUCACACAUUUGGCAAUAUCGUGGAUAAUACAGUAUCCCAUUAUGGUAGCCCGAGCCUGUGAAAGUCUGUAUUUAGUGCCUUAUAAAGAUGUGAUUGUUUGGUUCACUCGAAGCUGCUGCAGAAAGCAUGCAUAUGUUUUGUCCUGCUUUAUUUGUAUUUAAUAAAGGCAAAAGAUAGCUUGCUAUUCGUCUAUUCCGAUUCAAUUUAUACUAUUGGUGAUUAUAAUAAUAUUUUAGAAAAAAGUGCAGUCGAGGAAUAUCAUAAUGUGUACCUUGUCAGUACAUUUUCCGAUUCGGGCAUCUGAUUAUGUGGAAGGCUGCAGAAUUAAUAGUACAAUCCUGAUAAUUAUAAUAAUUCGACACAUUGUCGAGUUGCUAUAAGUUAACGAGACUCCACUUUAUUCGUUGAACAAUUAGAUAUUGGUGAUUAGGAAUACAUUGAAGUAUGUUUUUUGCGAUGUGCUUACUUAGCAAAGUAUUUUGACUGAUAUACGAUUUUGAUUUAUUGGCUAGUAACUAGAUAUAGCAACAUACAGCGUGUAAGGGGCAGAUUGGCAAGAACUUAAAAUAACAUUUCUGGGGUCACACCUAGUAGAAUAAAAUUCCUCCUUGGAAAUAUCACUAUUGUGAGGGAUGAUAAAUUUUUAUUAUUUUUAAGAUAAUGUAUCUUAUAAAUAAAACCAAGUUUUUGAGAAACCUCUAAAGUAGCCACUGCAAUAAGUUACUUUGGUAUUGUGACAGAAAUAUUGUUUGUUCACGACAUAAUAAAGCUAAAACAUGUGGCAUCUAAUACAGUUGUGAUAAGUUCUAUUUUUAACAACAAAAAAGUAGUGCUGUUUUUCAUAUAGCAGAAAAAUACAAAGAUAUCAAGUUUGGGUUAUUAAAAUUUGUUGUUUGUGUUCAUAGUUAAGUUUUUGCCACUCUGUACCUUAUACUGGUAACUUCAGGAGCAAAACGCACACAGACGUACUCUGUAUAGUCA